AUGAGUGGCCUCGACGGCUCGCGCAAUGGCUCGCACAGCUGCCCAUGUGCGCCUCCCCUGCCCGCGGCGCAUCGGCGCUACCGGCUCGACGAGUUGUGCCAUUGUCAAAACGAAGAAGCCGUCUCGAUCGUCUCGCUCGAGUCCACUCAUGGCUGCAUCGAGCGGCUUCUUCACAUCGUCGUCGAGAUUCCCCUGCGCCACCCCCCGGGCGACGCAAAGAAGGGUGCCAGCCUGUUCAAGACGCGCUGCGCACAGUGCCACACCGUCGAGUCCGGCGGCGGCAACAAGAUCGGCCCCGCCCUGCACGGCCUCUUCGGCCGCAAGACCGGCUCCGUCGACGGCUACUCGUACACCGACGCCAACAAGCAAAAGGGCAUCACGUGGGAGGAAAAGACGCUCUUCGAGUACCUGGAAAACCCCAAAAAGUACAUCCCGGGCACCAAGAUGGCCUUUGGUGGCCUGAAGAAGGAGAAGGACAGGAACGACCUGAUUGCCUACCUCAAGGAGUCGACCGCUUAA